GGAAGCAAUGAGGAUAGAAGGAGUGUCUUACGCAGCUUCCCCGGACUUCCCAGAGGCAGGUCCCACCUUGAAGAGGAUGGAGGUGACUGCGGUCGCUCCGGGACCCGACGAGAUCCGGCCUCUAAAGCCGUGUCUGCUGCGCCGCAAUCAGAGCCGCGAACAGCAUGGCGUGGCGGCGUCCAGCCUCGAGGAGCUGAGGAGCAAGGCCUGUGACAUUCUAGCCAUUGACAAGUCCCUGACACCGGUCACUCUGGUCCUAGCAGAGGAUGGUACCAUAGUGGAUGAUGAUGAUUACUUCCUCUGUCUACCUUCCAACACCAAGUUUGUGGCAUUGGCCAGUAAUGAGAAGUGGACAUACAGCAAUUCAGAUGGAGGCACAGCUUGGAUUUCCCAAGAGUCUGUUGAUAUGGAUGAGACAGACAGCGGGGCAGGACUGAGGUGGAAGAAUGUGGCCAAGCGGCUGAAACAAGAUCUGUCCAGCAUUAUCCUGCUGUCAGAGGAGGACCUUCAAGUGCUUAUCGAUGUUCCGUGUUCAGACCUGGCUCAGGAGCUCUGCCAAAGUUGUGCUGCUGUCCAGGGGCUCCAGAACACACUCCAGCAGGUGCUGGACCAGAGAGAGGAAGCCCGUCAGUCCAAGCAGCUCCUGGAGCUUUAUCUCCAGGCUUUGGAGAAGGAGGGAGGCAUCUUGUCAAAGCAGGAAGAGUCCAGAGCUGCCCUCAGUGAAGAUGUGGAUGCAGUCGACACGGCUGUCAGCACAGAGAUCGCCUCAGAAAUCGCACUUAGGGGCCAGCUUCUGACCGUGCUAAAAGAGAAGCCUGCGCCUGAGCUGAGCUUGUCUAGUCAGGAUCUGGAGUUGGUUACCAGGGAGGACCCCAGAGCGUUUGCAGUUGUCUUGAACUGGGACAUAAAGAAGGCAGAAAUGGUUCAACGGGCCUGUGACCAGGAGCUCACCCUGCGCCUGCAGCAGGUGCAGAGCUGGUGCUCUCUCAGGAAUCUUUCAGCAAGGAGGAAUCCCCUGCCUGAAGAGCCGCAGAGUCCUAAAAGAGCCAAGCACGACCCCACGUAGCUACAGCUGGAAACACAGAGGAAGCCCGCAGCCUUGGCUUGUCAUCAGUGAAAUCCUUCAGCCUGACCUCCUUAUUGCCUGCGUCCUGCUCUGCCCUCUGCCUUCGUGCAUGCCCUCCUGGCCGGGCUGGACACUGGCUUAUGCCCACUCCAGAAAAGUGAGCCAGGUCUCUGCACUUGCUCUUCUGCUCUUGAACGAUCCGGCCUACUCUGAGCACAUACACUCAUGUGCUCUGUUUAAAAGUACUUGUCAGGGCUGGGGGCGUGGCUCAGAGCUAGAGCAGGUGCGUGGCCUCUGCAAGGCCCUGGGUUCCGUCCCCAGCAGCCAAAACAGGAAGUAAAUGAAGUGCUUGUCAAGGGCAGUGAAAAGAAACUGUCAUGUCUGGGACUCACCAUCCCUGUUACACAGAUUCGACUGCAGAAUUUUAGACAUAACAGUAGAGGUGACUAAUGGACUAUUGAUUAUGGCCACAAACUUGUCUCAAAUUAAUGAAUUUUUGUUUGUUUGUUAAAAGGCACAUAUUAAGUAUGCAGACCACAGGGACAUACAGAGUCUGAUUCACCAGUUCUAAUAUCUAACACAGUAUUGUGAAAUUAUAUAUGUUACCACUGUGAAACUCUUUUUAUUUUCUAAUAUGUUUUAUCAGCAGGGGGUAUAAAAGGCCAUUAAAGUGAUUUCCAGGCAAUAUGGCUCCAAGUCUCUCUGGGAGCAGCACAUUCUGGUUUAUAUUCUUCCUGUUUCUGUACAAACUUGCUCUGCAGGUCUGUAAUCUAUAAUACAGUCUCCUUGUUGGAAAAGGA